AUGGCCGGAGAGGACGAAGUCCCGGUGACGGACAAAACAACCCUAGAUUCAACAAGUCUGCAGUACAUGCAUCCAUCGGAAAGCGCUGGAUCUAUGUUAGUUCUGGUAGCCUUUGAUGGAACUGGGUUCAUCACCGAAAAAUAUAAGAAACCAGAUCUUGAUUCUGUUAACCUCGACCAAUGGGAGCGAUGCGAUGAUAUGGUGAUUCCGUGGAUCUUAAACUCACUAUCUAAGGACCUAGCGGACAGCUUGCAAUACGUUAAUGAUGCUAAAGAACUUUGGCAAGAGUUGAAGGACAGGUAUGAUCAAACUAAUGGUGCUAAGUUGUAUCAGCUCCAAAAGAAAAUAAAUGAUUUGAAAUCAGGGAAUUUGGACAUUACUGGAUAUUAUACAAAGAUGAAGAAACUCUGGGAGGAACUCAACACGAUGAACAUAUAUGCUAAAUGUGCUUGCAAAUGUACAUGUGGAGCAAGAGAAAACAUGCACAAAGCUGAACAGGAUAGAAAGCUGAUUCAGUUUCUGAUGGGGCUUAACAAGUGUAUACUGUGGUGA